AGUUGAUACAGCACCAAGCUAGCUGAUAUUUGCAUCGGUCGUGUUCUGGUUUACGAUAAUGAUGGGAAUCCUAACAGCUUUGUGCUAAUGCAUAAUAUGCAUUUGUAUACACAUUUUGGCUUACAGAUUUAUAUUUUAUCUCCUGUUGUGUAAUAUGUUCUAUACCUUAAAGUUACUGUGAUGGAUGUAGCUCAACAAAUCACGUACAAUUCAGAUUUAGCGCAAGCUCCUAACCGAGCUGGAUCUAUUGCCUCUGCAGUAUAUAAUGAAGAAAUAUCGGAAGAAGAAAAGGCUUUGGAUGCAGAAAUACUGAAUCUAAAAACUUCAAUUACUGAUGCACAGAAAGCUGUUGCAGAUACAGACUUCUACAAAAUGACGGAGAACGUACCUGAACUUGGUAGAAUCAAGUUCAAAGUACGUAAACAUUUACGAGGUCAUCUAGCUAAGGUGACGUCUAUUCAAUGGGCCUCUGACAACCAGUUAUUGUUGUCUGCUUCUCAAGAUGGAAAAUUAAUCGUUUGGGAUACAUUUUCUGGGAAGAAAAUUCAUAUGAUAGCUUUGAAAACAGCUUGGGUCAUUGGAUGUGCAUUUUCGCCCUCUAUGAACUUUGUGGCUAGUGGUGGAUUAGAUAAUGUCAUAUCUUAUUUCAAUCUAAAGUCUCAGGACGGCACUGCAGAGUUUGUCCGCGAGUUUACUGGUCAUAAUGGUUACAUCGCAUGUGUUCGAUUCAUUGAUGAUCAUCGAUUACUGAGUUGUUCUGGUGAUAAAACUUGUGCACUAUGGGAUAUCGAAAAGUCUAAGAUCACCACAAGUUUUCGCGGCCACUCAAAUGAUGUUAACGCCAUUGCCGUGUCGAAGCAGAUGCCGAAUUUGUUUGUCUCCGCGUCUUCAGACCGCACUUGUCGGUUGUGGGAUCUUCGGUGCGGCGAAGGUAUGCAGUACUUCGAAGGGCACCAGCAAGAUGUUAAUGGCGUCGACUUUUUUCCCGUCAAUUCUUAUGCUUUCGCCUCCUCUUCCGACGAUGGCUCGUGUCAUUUGUGGGAUCUACGAGCUGAUCAAGCUAUUGGCGUCUAUAUUGAUGACUUCAUUAAUUGUGGUAGUAGUAGUGUGGCAAUUUCAAAGUCGGGUCGUUUGUUACUUGCUGGAUACGAUGACUUCAACUGUCACGUGUGGGAUCUAUUACGAGAAGAACGUGUUGGAAUCAUGUCCGCCCACGAAAACCGGGUCUCUUGUGUAACAGUAUCUGAUAGUGGCAUAGGUGUUGCAACUGGGUCAUGGGAUUCUAACUGUCUCAUAUGGACUGCAAAAUAGAAAAACGGCACUUUAAAUUGAUGAAAUAUCCUCCGAAGAUCUGCAUUGUUCACACGAUCAAUCUAUCGUCAGUAUUGCUAAUUGUCUUCCUAUUUCAACGUUUUGAUUGACGUUCAUUCGAGGUAAUUACCUUCGGUCUUUCGGGGUUUUAUCUGAAUUCCUGAAGUCCCCCGCAGACUUGUCGGUGUAAGGCGUUCUUCUAAACACUGUGCUUGGAAUUCCAGUCGACCGACUUUCUCCAUGACGUCCUUACAACGUCUGUUUUAGCAGUAGUGUGUGAAGUAGUUUGUCCAGUUUUCAUUUUCAAUAACUAGAGUUGCGUUAGUAAGUCAAGGAAGUAUCGUAUAAUUAUGGAAAACUUGGUUGAUUUUCGAUAAGUCCAAAGAAGUUAAUUACCUUCUCGAUUAUGGAUUAAAUAAUAUUAUGACUUCAAUUACAAUACGCUGUAAUUAGAUUACCAUGCAUCCAUACUACUUGUAAAUGAUCACCAUCGGGAAUCUGUACGACUAUUAUCUCAUAUCAUAGGAACAAUGAAAUUCGAUUGCAAUAAGCUGUAUUGUGUUAGUGAUGUUCAGCUUGACUACUGUAUCUUUAAUUUCAUCAUCUGUUAGCCAACGUUUCCAAGUUGUUUAAAUGAUGACUUUGUUGCGGGAUUGGUACGUAAACUUUAUAGUCAUCUUCGAAUGGGUCAUACCACUACUUUUCUAGUUUGGGCCUGCCUAUCCCUAUAUGCAUGUUUUUUGUCUGUAACAGCUCAAUUGUUUAUGACAGAAAUAAGUGUAUUCUCUUAUUUGGGUUGUUAACUGUCUGUUCUUGUUAGUACUCCUAAAGAUCGAAAACAAUCAUCUAGUUAGUUUGUUACAUCGUUUGGAGCCUACUGUAAAACAAAGCUUUUCAGUAGCUUUUAUGCUGUAUUCAGUUCAAUCUCAAAGACUGACGCUGAGAAUUAUCCAGUUAUUCAUAUUUUCUUUCGCAUUGUUUCGGAACUAAGUCUUAAAAAGUAGGUAAAGACAGUUCGAUAUGAAAAUAUUAACAACAAAGGUCGUAUUAAAGUGUGAUUGGUGUCGAGGUUGUAAAUUCGAUUUUCUUGUGGCAGCUGGGUAGCAAAUAGUUGCCUAAGGAUCUGUGCAUCUACUAAUAACUUGAUACAUGUAAAAGAGCAUGAACAAAACUUUCUAUGUAAUUACUGUUGCUUAAAAGUAAAUUUUUUAAAGUAAUGAUUAAGUCAUUUAGUCAUCACUUCUUUUUGCUAUUCAGUGGGGAUACGAACAGUAUGGUUACGUUACUUGACUAAAUCAACUGGUUUAGUUUCGUAAGUAUCUUCUUUCGAUUUGUAUUCAUGAUAUAUAUAUAUUGGUGCUAUCACAAUAAUGUCGCUAUGUUCAUAGGUAAAAUAACCUAUCUAGUAAUUACUAAUGAAUACUCAUUUUUUGUGAAUAUCUACAGUUUGUUGGUGGUUAUAACAAU